UUAAUACCCGAGGAUUCUUUUAAUAAAAAAUAAUUAAAAAUGCAAAAUAAUUUAAGUUUGUCAGGAAAUUUAGAUAAAAUUUUUUAUAAAAAACUUAAGAAAUUUGUUGUGUUCUUUAAUCGCUACAAAUGGAAGUCCGUCGCAGGUUUGGCUGAGGCCUAUAAACCCAAAGAAGUUGAAGCUGGUAAACGAGAAAAAUUACAGGAAACAGGACGUUGCGUUCAAACAAAACGCGAAACUCCUACAUUUCGUAUGCUCUUGCCACCGCCAAACAUUACUGGGAAUUUACAUUUAGGUCACGCUUUAAUGGCUACUAUACAAGACGUUAUAUGUCGGCAUAAAAAGCAAUUGGGCUACGAUGUGGAGUGGAUACCAGGUACAGAUCAUGCUGGUAUAGCUACACAGGUGGUGGUAGAAAAGAAACUGUGUAAAGAUUACAGUUUAACUCGGCAAGACAUUGGACGAGAAAAAUUUCUAAGAGAGAUUUGGAAAUGGAAGGACGAUAAAGUCAAUAAUAUUAGAGAAGAUCUUAAGAAAUUGGGAUGUAUAUUGUCCUGGAAUAGAGAAUAUUUUACUAUGGAUAAGACUCAAGCCUAUGCCGUUAACGAGGCUUUUAUAAGACUUUUUGAACAAGGAUUAAUUAGUCGUCAAGAAUCUCUAGUCAAUUGGUCUUGUGCUUUAGAAUCAGCCAUAUCCGAUAUAGAGGUGGAAUUGUUGGAUUUGAAAGGGCCCACUCAAGUGCCUGUGCCGGGUUAUGAUAAAAAUAUAACAUUUGGUCGUAUGUUUAAUAUAAAGUACAAAAUUUUGGAUAACGGCACUGAAGACUACAUUACCGUAUCUACAACCCGACCCGAAACUAUGCUCGGCGAUGUUGCUGUAGCUGUGCAUCCAUUUGAUAAACGUUAUGCAAAAUAUCGUGAAUCAGAUGGAGUUUGCUUAAUGCAUCCAAUACGGCGGCAACUCAUACCCUUGAUAUUUGAUGUCGAUGUUGAUCCGCAUUUUGGUACGGGUGCAGUAAAAAUCACGCCAGCGCAUGAUCGUGACGACUUCAGGAUAGCGAAAAAACACGAAUUAAAUCCCAUACAGGUGUUCUCCAGUAAAGGUUUCAUCGUUGAAGAUCAUAAAGAAUUUGCCUUGAAGCCACGUUUUGUAGUGCGUGAAGAAAUUCUACAAAAAUUGGGGGAACAGAAUUUGUUAGGUGCUAUCAGUGAUCAUAGCAUGCAAUUGCCAAUGUGUUCACGUUCAAAAGAUGUCCUCGAAUACAUGAUAAAAGAACAAUGGUUCCUACAAUGUCAGCAAUUGGGUUUAAAUGCUCUAUCGGAAGUUCAAAGCGGUCGUUUACAAAUUAUUCCAAGUAAAUAUGAAGUGGAAUGGCAACGUUGGUUAGAAGACUGUCAUGAUUGGUGUAUAUCACGCCAGCUAUGGUGGGGUCAUCAAAUUCCAGCAUACAAAGCGCGAUGUAAUAGCGAGAACGCUAAAGAAGUAUGGGUGGCCGCCCACGACGAGCAAGAGGCUCUAAUGAAAGCUUUAGAGUUGUUAAAAAGCAUCGAUAUUUCUAUAACACGUGAUCAGGAUGUUUUGGAUACUUGGUUUUCUUCUGCUCUAUUACCGCUAUCGGUGUCAGGUUGGCCUAAUAAGGAAAUUAAAGGACAUUAUCCUUUGGACCUUAUAGAAACUGGCCAUGAUAUUUUAUUCUUUUGGGUAGCACGCAUGGUUAUGCUAGGAUUGGUAUUUACUGGGCAAACACCUUUCAAAAAAAUCUUGCUAAAUGGUAUUGUUUGCGAUGCUCACGGUCGAAAAAUGUCCAAAAGUUUAGGUAAUAUAAUAACGCCGCAACAAGUAGUGGACGGAGCCUCUCUACAGGAUUUGCAAAAAGAAAUAGAAGUCUCGCACAAGGCGGGUAUCUUGAACGACCUUGAAACUCAAAAAUCAUUAAUAGGCGUGCAUCGAAUGUUCCCGAGUGGUAUACCAGAAUGCGGUACGGACGCUCUUCGUUUCACUUUGUGCAGCCAUAAUAUUAAAAAUCACUUUAUUAACUUUGACGUCACCGAAUGUUAUACGAACAAAAAGUUUUUGAAUAAAAUAUGGCAAGCGGCGCGUUUUAUUGCAGCGGCGGCUGAGAGUCUAGAGAUAUCCGCGAAAGUAUUUGAAGACUUCAAUGAAUCGCUUCUAUCCAAGUGGGAUUUAUGGAUAUUAAGCCGUUUGGCACAUACUCUCCAGCAAUGUAGAGAAAGUUUUGAAAAUUUUAAUUUGCACUUUGCGACAGCGGGAUUUAAACAAUUUUUUUACAAUGAAUUAUGUGAUGUUUAUUUGGAAACUACCAAAAAUAAUAUUAAAUUGAAGUCCCUCGAUGGCUAUGUGCAAUGUUCCAUUCUCUGCAUAUGCCUUCGGUCCGCCUUACAAGACAUGCAGCCAUUUACACCUUUUAUAUGCGAAGAACUCUUAAAAUACAUACCUCAACCUAUUACUUUGGACGUAUGUAAAUUUUAUAAUUCAACUUUGGAAGCAGAAAUCGAGGCAAUUUUAGAGGUGUGCGAGCAGAUAAGACAGCUAAAGAGUCGCAGUCAAAUCUCACGUAAACAUGAACCAUAUCUUAGAGUAUAUGCCCAUUCUUUGAAAGCUUUAAGCAUAUUGCAACCACAUCUCAGUGAAAUUAAGGCGCUGACGCUAACCAACACUGUCGAGUUGCGUUUGCUGCAAAAUAACGCACAAAUUCAUAAGGACUUGACAUGCUAUUCAACCGCUGGUUAUAUGUGCAGUUUCGGUAUAGUCACUAAUAAAUUAUAUGCUGAAGAAAAAGAGAAGGCAAUUCCCCAAACUAAUGUAAAUAACCAUAAGUUGUCAAAGCUCGAGAAAGAGCUAGAACGUUAUAGUACUCGUUGGGAGGAUGAAGGUUUCCGCAAAUCGGCCAGUUCACGUGUGCAGCAAAAGCACUUCCAAAAAAUUCAACAGCUUAAAUCUGAAAUUGAAAAAAUCAAGACCAUGAUCUAAUGUAUGUUACGGAUAAAUAUUUAUUUUUGAUAUGUUUCUUGAC